AUGGUUUCAAGCAUAUCAAUUACCCUUCUUUUGUUAUCCUCAGCCCUUUUAAACAAUUCAUUUGGUGAUGCUGCACAACAAAAGGCAAAAAAAGUCAAACCAGUAGCAACUAAAAAUGCCGCUGUAGCUAAAGAUGCAGCUGCCAAGAAAAGUGCAGCAUCUGUCAAGCCUAAUGUAGAAACACCAACCACUUCUACUAAGGAAACAAAGAAUGAUGAGAAAACUGUGCCAACAGAUCCAAACGUAUAUGUAGAAGAAUGGCAAGUUAAAUCAUUUGACUGGAAAAUGAAUGAAUUUUCUAAGUGGCUUAAUAAAGCUGAAAAUGAUUGGAAACAAUUCCAAACUGUGCUAGAUGAGGAAAGAGCUAAAUGGGUUGCAAAUAUGGGAGAUAGAGAAAAAACCUGGAUUGAAUCAGCAGAAAAAAAAUGGGAAAAUUAUAAUCAAAGCUUGGAUAUCGAAUAUAAGAGCAAUAUUUUAAGAAAAGCAAAAGAGUGGAAAGAAGCACAAUGGAAAGACUGGAUUGAAAAGAGUUUAAAGAAGUAUAUCACAGAAGACUUUAAAAAAUGGAUGGAUGGACACCAAGCUAGCUUAGAUGAACUACUUAAACUAAACUGGGAUGAAUGGAAAAGACAAAAAAUGUUAGAAUGUGGCUCUGUAGGUUGGAGACUUAAAGAGGAUAAAUACUGGAUCAGAUAUACUUUUUUUUACUCCAAUGUUGAAGAAAGUCUACCAACUAAACAAAUGAAAGAACUUUACGAGAUAUGGAAAAUGCGUACCAAAGCAGAAAAAGAUCAGUGGAAUAAUUGGACAGAAAAAAUUGAAAAGACUAUUAUAUUUAAAGAUACACCUGCUUGGGCAACAUGGAAAAGUAGCAAAAUUGCCAUCUUCAACAAAUGGUUAAAUGAAUUCACUCAAAAAUUAAUCACUCAAAAACAAUGGACAAAAUGGGUCAAAUAA